AUGCAGCAGGAUCCGGCAGGUGGCUCCAUCCCCAAGCAGCGCUCCCACUCCAGAGGGCGCUCUCAAUCCAAAGGACGCUCCCGAUCCAGAGGGCGCUCCCAAUAUAGAGGGCGCUCCCGCUCCAGGGGCCGAUCCCGGUCGAGAUCCAGCUCCAGGCGGCCCGGCAAGAAAAUGACAUGGGCCGACAUGGUCGGCAACAACGGUUCUGCACCGCCAACUUCAAAGCCAGGUAAGGCACAGUCAGAGCACGUGGCAGACCCACGAAUACACACACUAGAGAGGGAAAACAAAGCACUCAAACAGGAACUAGCUGAACUCAGGGCAACCCUAGCCAGGCUGGAAGGCCGUAUCUUAACAAACAACACACCGACACACAUCCCUCAAUCUUCAGGGACCAUGGUCGCAUCGUGUAGCACACACAAGCGCAGGGCCGUCGUCAUCCAAACCGAUGACACAUCCGACGUGGACGCGUCUAUGUCUGAUGUCAGCGAGGCUCCUUCUAACGCCUCCGUCAGUGACAACAAAGCUAAGAAGCGCAGCAAGAAGAAGUGCAAGUACAACGUAUUUCAAUCGGCAAUUACUGAAAUUAAGGAGGUACUUAGUCAACUCUGCGGCCGACUCGACCGCCUAGAAAGACCAAUCGCUCAUCCCAAAACCACGAAAAUAAUCUCCACGCCGGACCCAGGGCCCAUGCCUGCCCUGGGACCCACACCUGCGCCGCCCGCACCCUCUAAGUCGCCAGGCUCAACGAGUGUGCCCAGCAUAAGUGGGGCCAUGCCAAACCAGUACAAUGGAUAA